AUCUCUCUUUGUUCUUGCUUUUAUAUAUUUUGCUCUUUUUAAAUCCUCUAUAAUUCAUCAAGAGAGAAGACAAAUAGACAUGGAGAAUCAUGAGGAUACACAAUCGUCAGGAUCUGAGAAACAUACAACCAUUCAUUGUUGUGCUGAGUCAGGGGAUAUUGAUGCGUUUGAGAAGCUACUUCAGGAUAACCCAGCUCUUCUGAAUGAGAGAAAUGCAAUUAUGUUGGAGACACCCCUUCAUCUUUCUGCUGGUAACAACAAGACAAAUAUAGUUAAAUUUCUGCUUGAUUGGAGAGGAGAUGAUAAAGUUGACUUGGAAGCAAAAAAUACGUAUGGAGAAACUCCAUUGCAUGUAGCAGCCAAGAAUGGGUGCAACGAAGCUGCACGAUUACUUCUUGCUCAUGGUGCUCUUAUCGAAGCCAAAACCAAGUAUGGAGUGACACCAUUAAUGCUUUCUGUUUAUCACUCACUUCGAGCUGAAGACUGCUCAAUUGUCAGGACAUUGCUCGAGCAUAAUGCUGAUUGUGAUGCUACAGAUGAUGAGGACAUGAAUCCUGUAGAUCAUCUUUCAAAAAUCCAAGAAAGUGGGAAGUUGCGUGAUUUAUUACUGUCUCAUCAGCAAGAGCAACGAAAGACAAAGGUACAAGAAGCAAUUAGCAAGCAAAACGAAAGAAUGGAUGCCCUUGAAAAGGAGCUAUCAAAUAUUGUUGGUCUGGAUGAACUCAAAACGCAACUUCGGAAAUGGGCAAAGGGCAUUCUUUUGAAUGAGAGGCGCAAGGCCAUUGGACUGAAAAACGUCACAGCUGGAAGACUUCCUCACAUGGCAUUUCUAGGAAAUCCCGGAACCGGUAAGACUAUGGUGGCUGGAAUCCUUGGAAGACUACUCCAUAAUGUGGGAAUUUUGCAAAUCGGCAAUGUGAAAAAAGUUGAAAGGGCAGAUUUAGUAGGUAAAUAUAUUGGCCAAACUGGAUAUAAGACUAGGGAAAAGAUCCAAGAAGCCGAGGGGGGUAUUCUUUUUGUGGAUAAAGCAUAUCGACUAAUACUAGAGGAGGGAAGUUGUCGUGACUAUGGAUUAGAAGCCUUAGAAGAGAUCAUGUCUUGUAUGGACAAUGGAAAAGUUUUGGUCAUAUUUGCUGGCUACAUUGAAGCAAUGGAACGUGCAAUAUCUUCCAAUGAAGGAUUCAGCAGAAGGGUUACUAAUAUUUUUCAUUUUAAAGAUCUGAGUUGCGAAGAAUUAGCAAAUGUUCUUCAUCUGAAGAUGCAUAAUCAAGCGAAGAAUAGCUUGUUGCAAGGGUUUAAAUUGCAUUCUUCUUGUACUAUAAAUGCCAUUUCAGAGCUAAUAAAGAGAGAGACAAUUAAAACGCAGCGUAUGAAAAUGAAUGGAAGUUUAGUGGAUAUAAUGUUAAAUAAUGCUAAGAGGAAUUUGGAUGUUAGGAUUAGUGAUGAUUGUACAGAGAGGGAUGAAUUCCUUACGAUCAAAUUAGAGGACUUUGAAGCAGCUGUGAAGUUUCUACCCCAAUAAAAGUUUGGCAUAAUACAACUUAUUUUCUUAAAAUUAAACAUCUUUUCUAGCGUCUGAAUGUUAUCCUAUGGCUAUGUGGCCGUUUGUGUAUGUUUCGUUGUUAGGAAAUUUUAACUUGUAUUUGCAAUAAUAUUUGAAGUACUUGGGAUGAUGAAAUAAAUUUCUACUCAUUCUUUGUAGUUCUUA